AUGGACGUCAUAGUUGCGUUCGAUGAGAAGAUCGGGAAGGUCCGGAGCGCCAUGCUCGAACUCAUGGAAGGUCUUGACGAUGUGCGAGACCGAAUCAUGGAGGUUGAGAGUUCGCUCCGUGAAGAAUUCACGAUCGGCCUCAACAAAGCUACCGCACCCUUACACAACAAGGACGAAGCCCUCGAAGCAUUGAUCAAUGUGUUGAAGGAGCGCGUCCAAGUGGUUAAGGAAGAAGCUCCGCGUAGGGACGAGGUCGAAGCCAUGAAAGUGGAGAUCCAAGAGCUCAAGACCGAGCUUACCCUGUGCAAGCUAAGCAUCACCAAUGGUGCUGUGCCUACCCAAGCGGUGCCCAAACUUGAGGUGCCAAGCCAAAGGAGUUCAAAGGCGAACGAUCCGCCAAAGAGGUGGACAGCUUCGUUUGGAGCAUGGAGCAAUACUUCGGUGUCGUCAACAUACACGACGAGUCGACCAAGGUGUGAUGAGAUAAGAUGCGGCGCCAAUCCCGUGUGCACAUGGGACGACUUCGUGAGAGAGUUCCGAGACUACUUUUUCCCCGAGUUCGCUCAGCAAGAAGCCCGUAGCAAGCUCCAUCGCCUCGAGCAAAGAGGCGCGAUCCGAGAGUACGUGAAGGAGUUCACAGAGCUCAAACUCCAGAUUCGUAACCUAAGCGAAGAGGAGGCUCUUGGAGUGUUUAUGGAUGGAUUGAAGCCAUGGACACUUCUCGAGCUCAAGAGACGGGACGUGAGUAGUCUUGCCCCAAUCGCCGACCAAAGAAGAAGGAAUCGCACCAAGUCACUGGCCCUCCUCCUGCUCUCGCUCCUCGUCCUCUCGAACGCUCUGCGCGCGUCCUCCGUGCCUUACCGCGAGGAGGAAGGGGAGGAAGAGGAGGAGGAAGAGAGAGGAUGGCGGAGGGGAGAGAGAGGGGAGGAGGAGAGGGAAUGGGGGAGGAGGGAGAGAGGGGAGGAGGAGAGGGCAUGGAAGAGGCGAGAGAGAGGCGGAGGGGAAGCGGAGGACUUCUUCCUCUUGCAUGACUCGGAGCACGUGUUCCAGACUGAGGCUGGCGAGAUGAAGGUGGUGAGGAGCUUCGGCGGCCGGAUCGUCGAUCGGCCCAUGCACAUCGGCUUCAUCACCAUGGAGCCACAGACCCUCUUCCUGCCUCAGUACCUCGAUUCCAAUCUGAUCCUCUUCGUCCGCCGAGGAGAGGCUACAAUUGGUGCAAUCCUCAAUGAUGAGCUGGUGGAGAGGCGGUUGAAGAUCGGGGACAUAUACCGGGUCCCUGCCGGGUCAGCAUUCUACUUGGUGAACAUUGGGGAAGGUCAGAGGCUUCACAUCAUCACCAGCAUCGACACUUCUGAGAGCUUGGGGUUGAGGACUUUCCAGUCAUUCUUCAUUGGUGGAGGAAGCUACCCGACCUCUGUACUCACCGGUUUCGAACCCAAAACGCUUGCAACCGCAUUUAACGUUUCCAUAGAUGAAGUAACGGAUAUACUGACCAGGCAGCAAGAGGGACCUAUUAUGUACAUAAAUGAUGACACUCGUCAACCACCGAGCUUAUGGUCUAAGUUCUUGCAGCUGAAAGAACAAGAUAGGCUCCAACACCUAAAGAAAAUGGUGGAGUUCCACGGAGAAUCCAAGGACGAGGAGGAUGUAGAAGAAGAAGAAAAAGCGUGGUCGUGGAUUAAGUUCUUGACCUCGGUCUUCACGAGGGAUGACAGGAGGGAUGACCGUAGAAGGGAAGGCAAGAGGGAUGACCGAAGAUGGAGAACUGGCAAAGGACCGGACUCCUACAAUCUGUACGAUCGACGGCCCGACUUCCGCAACGACUAUGGAUGGAGUGUUGCCCUUGACGAGUCCGAUUAUAAACCUCUCAAGCACUCAGGCGUAGGAGUUUACCUCGUCAAUCUAACGGCGGGAUCAAUGAUGGCGCCUCAUGUAAACCCAAGGGCCACAGAAUAUGGGAUCGUGCUCAGAGGAGCGGGCACCAUCCAGAUUGGGUACCCUAAUGGGUCGUCGGCGGUGAAUGCGAAAGUGCAAGAGGGAGACGUGUUCAUGGUGCCGAGGUACUUCCCGUUCUGCCAGAUCUCGUCUAGGAGUGGGCCGCUCGAGUUCUUCGGGUUCACUACCUCAGCCCGGAGGAACAGGCCCCAGUUCCUGGUGGGCCGAAACUCAGUCCUCCAGACGCUGCUUGGGCCCGAACUAGCUGCCGCGUUCGGGGUGAGCAACGAGACGACCAUAAGGCGGUUCCUCGAUGCUCAGCGCGAGGCCGUCAUAUUGCCUUCAGCAUCGGCAGCGCCGCCGUAUGACUCAGAAGCGAAGAAGCAGCAGCAGCAAGAGGAGGAGAGGGUUAAACACGAAAGGAUCGAGAAAGUGACGGAGGACCUUUGGCAGUGA